AUGAUUGCGGCCAGGAAGGAUGCCGUGAGAGGCGCAUUAUCCUUGACCGUGGCCUUUGGUUUUGGCGGCCAACAAACAGAAGAGGAUCCUGGUGAUUGGGGGACUCAGGGUAAGAUAAACCAUUUGAAGAAGGAUGUUCAGGAGAAGGAACGGAAAAAGUUCUCCGGUUCAGACGCAUAUCGCCUCUUUCUUGAAAUCUACCAAUUGAUUCUUUGGAAGCAAUGCCACGCAUUGGUGAACAAGCGAGGGUUUCCACCAGAGCUAGAAGAUCUCGUUCGCGAUCUCUGGGCACUCCGCUUGGAGACCUAUGCCGAAAAGAUUGCAGAACGAACUGAUGGUCAGCCAAAGUUUUUUAGUUCCCAAGCAGGCAGUGCUGCUGAGGACACUGGGCCAGAGACGUUCAAGCUGGGUGGUAAGGUCGUACAAUGGCCUCGCCUUAUUGACACCGUUGCUCUAUGUUAUUUGGCGUCCGUCUUGAUGAGGCUUCCAGUAAGCGUUAUGGACUUUCAUCGGAUGACGUUGCGCAAUGAUAUACCCUUUUACAACGUGUUUCUUCAUCUUCCUCGUCAAAUGAAGGAAAAUCUACCUGAAGAGUUUAUUUCUAUCCUUCAGACCACGAGGCUUUUGGAGCCGGAGCAGCUCCACAACGCUGUAUUGGACCUUCUACUUUUUUAUCAUCGCAGGUUCGGAGUGCAGUUUCCGCCAUUAAAUACUCCUGUUCUGUCAUACAGGCUCAUCAAGAGGCUUGCGUUGCCUGUUGACAUAUAUCCCGUUACCAAAAGGCUACAGGAACUCCUGGCCUUUACAUUCGAGUGGCGGACCGAGUCCGAUAGCUAUAGGCGGAAGCGGAAGGCUCUGGAGAAACCCGAACAUCAGCUCGUCACCCUCAUAGUGAUCGCAACCAAACUCUUGUUUCCUUUUGAUGAUGUCCAGCGGCAUCCCAUGUCUACACAGGAGCCUACUGUGCAGACAAUCGACUGGGAAGCUUGGGCAGAUGUCCAGAAUCAUUUUGACCGUCGAGAUAGUUCCGCCGGGAGAAUUGGCAAAGGCAAGGAAAUUCUAGUCAAGGAGGGCGACGUUUUCACCAUGACCCCAGAUCAAUUGGACGAGUACAUGGAUUGGUACGAGAGCUCCUGGUUGGAUACCAACAAUCGUCCGACCGGCACAGCAACGGACCAUCUGGUCAACCUUUUCCCCAUCGGCUCAGCAUCCAAGGGAAAAGAAAGUGUACCAGAACCUGAAGACGACGAGGAGGAAUCCAUUAAAGCAAUGCUACAAAACGCUUCACGUUACCUGCGAACCAGGGAGGUUGUCAGUGAAGCUGACUCGGAUAUACCGCGACCAGGCUCUCAGUAUGCUCGAUAUAGGCAUGAGUCCGAUCUCCCGGACACGGCACGAGCGUUCUACGAAGUAGCUGCCAAGGUCGUCGGUAUUUCCGUUUCUACUCUUGUUCGGUGUGUCUCUCAAGCAGAGCUUCAGAUUAACAAAUGGUUGGAGAACCAGAGACGCAUCAAACAUUUUGCCGAACGCUCGAUCGAUGUUGGUGAGGAUUCGGAUGUUGAUGAGAUGGAGGGUCUUAGCGAGUAA